AGUGAACCCAAACAGAAGGCAAUAGCACGAGGAAAGGUGAGCCCCCUUGAUAAGUCAGAGUUGGAGUCUCGUAUUCAAUCGCAAAACGCUGCCCAUCGUUUUUGUCUUUCCGCAUCAAGAUCCCGAUCUCUCCGCUCUGAUUAUUUCUCCCUUUUUCAAAUCUCUCUCAAUUCCAGAAAUGGAGUUCGAAUCCAACAACAUUUCUGAGGACAACAAUCACGGAUGGCAGAAAGUUACUUACGCUAAGAAGAGGAAGAAUCAGGCGAAGCAGCAGGCGCUUCCCAACGGAUCCCCGCUUGCCGCUAAUGAUAAUGUCUUCACUGCUAUUGAGAAGAAAUCGGAGGAGCGUAGGAAGGUUAUAGAAGCUCAUAGAUUGGCGAUUUAUGAUCCUGCUCCUCCGGUUAGAUCGUCAAGGAAGAAGGACUACUCCGAUUAUGAGGACAGCGAUGAAGAGCUUGAGACUAAUGGUGUCUCCGGAAAUGAUGUUGUUGAGGAGACCAAGAAGAAACCGAAGAAAGUAAAGAAACCUAAGGUCACGAUUGCGGAAGCAGCGGCGAAGAUCGAUGUUGACGACUUGGCUAGUUUUCUGUUGGAUGUCACGACUUCAUUCGAGGCACAACAAGAGAUACAGUUGAUGAGGUUUGCUGACUAUUUUGGACGUGCAUUUUCUAGUGUAACUGCUUCGCAAUUUCCCUGGGUAAAGUUAUUGAGAGAAUCUCCUGUUGCCAAGGUCGCAGAUAACCCUGUGUCACAUAUACCUGAGGCUGUUUACAAGACAUCAGUUGAUUGGAUCAACAAACAAUCUGCGGAAGCCCUUGGUUCUUUUUUUCUUUGGUCCUUAGACAGCAUUCUUGCUGACUUUGCAAGCCAACAAGGUGGUGGUAAGGGAUCCAAGAAAGGUGUCCAAAAAACAUCCUCAAAAUCUCAGGUGGGUCUGUUUGUGGUGCUAGCAAUGGUGUUACGAAGGAAACCUGAUGUGCUAAUUACUGUAUUGCCAACUUUAAACGUAUCGCCAAAGUAUCAUGGACAAGACAAGCUUCCAGUUAUUGUGUGGAUGGUAGCACAAGCAUCACAAGGAGACCUGGCCGUCGGGUUGUACUUGUGGUCACAUUUAAUGCUGCCUAUAGUUGGGAGCAAAUCAGGCUCCAAUCCGCAGACCAGGGAUUUAAUUUUGCAGUUAGUGGAAAGGAUUCUUUCUGCCCCAAAAGCUCAGACUAUCUUAGUAAAUGGCGCUGUGCGGAAGGGGGAACGUUUAAUGCCACCUUUGGCACUUGAUCUGCUAUUGAGAGCCACCUUCCCUUCAUCUUCAGCUCGUGUAAAGGCAACUGAAAGAUUUGAAGCUGUAUAUCCUACACUCAAGAAGGUGGCUCUUGCUGGUUCCCCUGGAAGCAAAGCCAUGAAACAAGUUUCUCAACAGCUUAUGGUUAUUUCUUUGAAAGCUUCUGGAGAAGGCAUCCCUGAGCUAUCCCAUGAAGCAUCUAGUAUUUUUAUCUGGUGCUUAACUCAAAAUCCUGAUUGUUGCAAGCAAUGGGACAAGGUCUAUUUGGAUAAUCUAGAAGCAAGCAUUGUUGUCUUGAGAAGGCUUACUGAGCUGUGGAGGGAGCUAUCUCUAAAACAACCUUUUCUUAAGGCCCUCACUGAAACUCUUAGGAGUUUUAAGAGCAAGAACAAAAAUGCCAUGGAAGAGGGAGUGAAAUCUGCUGAUCAAGCAGUCUACAGGGAAGCAGACAAAUACUGUAAGGCGUUAUUGGGAAGACUGUCACGCGGGUGGCAAUGCUUUAAAGCUAUGGCCUUCCUCAUUGUUGCCCUCGGUGUGGGGGCCGCAUUCUUUCCCCCAACCACCUUGGAGUCGUUGGACUGGAACAAAUUAACGGAAACGUUGAACACCCAGUGGUCCGUCUAAGAUGAUGGUUGUUCAAACCCGAAUAUGCAGCUAGAUGACUGACAUACACAGUAUUGGAUUUAGCAGGAAAAGUCAAAAUUGCCUUAAUAAGAGAGAGAAUGAGGUACCUUUUAUUUAUCCUUUUCUUCCUUUAGAUUCAAAUUUUCAGUUGGUAUUUCGAGUACUAACUAGAUGUAGUUUAAACUAAUCACAAAGCGAUCUUUCUCCAUGUCCGUUGUGACAUUUUUUUACAUGAAUCAUAAGUAUAGAUGAUUAUUUGAUUUGUC